AUGCAAAAAUACUUCAAUCCAGAAGAAGAUGGCUUUCUUGAUGAUUACAGCUACGAUAAAGGACAGUAUCUUGGAACUAGGGAAAUACAUGAUAUCAGAAGUAAUGUACCUGGUGAACCAGGAAUCGAUUAUCCUGCCUACGUUAAAAUCCCAAAGACAAUGUUUUCGUGCAUCAACAGGAAACGAGGCUACUAUGCAGACGAGGAGGCGGGUUGUCAAGUUUUUCACGUCUGCGAAGACAGUCUUGUAUCAUCUUUUCUCUGUCCAGUGGGUUCUCUUUUUAGCCAACAACUAUUAACAUGCGAUUGGUGGAGUAGAGUAUCAUGCACUGAAAGUCAUAAGUUUUAUAAUCAGCAAAGUCAUUCGACCGAUACCUUGCUUACCGAUAGCAAUAUGCUGCGUCAGGCACUUUCGGAAACGAUGGAUUAUCAGAAAAUGCAGCCGACGAUAGAAAAAAAGAAAGAGAAUGAUAAAACGAAUCUUACUUCAAUGAGCAUAAGGAGAAACGAAAAUCAGCUGGAAAGCAAUCACGAUGCACGCAAAAGUUACUUUCGAGAUCGAGAUUAUAAGCCUCGUGAUAUAAAAACCAGCAAUGGCACAAUUACGAAACUUCACAAAGAUUUAUCGUUGAUAAGAAUUAAAUCAUUGAUCGAAGAAAAACGACGAUCUAAAAACCGAGAACAUUCUAGUUUGUCCAAUUUAUCAGCAAAGGCCAAUUUGGAUAGAAAGAAAAUUAAGAAUUCACAAAAUUUUAGCAAACAUAAUUUUGGUUAUGAGUAUGAUGAGAUGGAAGGGACGGAAAGUAUUGAUUUCAUAAAUUCACAGGCUGAGCGAAACUUUGAGAAAGAAAGAAAUAUAAUUAGUCUUGUACCCGAUAAGCAGUUUGAAGCUAAAGAGAGUAUUGGUAUAAUUCAAUAUAAUAUUCCUGGCCAGCUCGAGCAUUACGAUAAACAAAAACAUAAAGUGACUGAAGAUUUGCAUAAAUAUACCGAUCAAACAAUUAAAAAAAUAAAGAAUUCAGAUGAAGAAAGAAUCACUGAUGUACCAUUCCAGUAUAAAACAGAAGAGUCGACAUUAUUGUUCGACACUUCGACGGAACCUUCGACUGUGGGAACUAAUUUUGAUUCCUAUACCAAUGACGAUAAUAAAGAUAUUCUUCAUACCAUUUUACCUAUUACAAUUCCCAAUUUAGAACAAACAACAUUAAGUAGUUAUGCUAAACAAUUUUCUGAUACUCUACAAGAGAGUAAUUCUCCAUUGGAAGUGACUUUUCCAUUAAAUAGUGAUAGAAAUUUCACAAAUGUCGAUUCGAAAAAUCCAAUAGAAUUGGAAAUUCUUAGACGAUUGAUAUCCCAGCAGGAUAACCAGCCGAUAAACUUUGAAGAUCUUGAAAUUGUUAGAUCGGCUCAAAUAAAUCAGAAAAUAAGAACCAAUGAGAAUCCACAUGUUAUCGAGUCUACAACUGCCGAUACAAAUUCACAAAAUUUGAAAUUAAAUCAAAUGGAGGAGAACGAUCGACAAGCAUUAGCAGACUAUGUGCCGCCGUCAAAAUUAUCGGAAAGUCAAUUUAAUUUUCUAAAUAAUGAAAAUAAUCCAGUCAAAUUUCAUCAAACAUUGCCUCAAAUUAUAAGAAAUCAACAUUACACAUCUAUUGCUUCUACACAAUUGUCCCAGGAAAAUAAAAAUUAUUAUCCAAUUUAUCAAGAAACACCACGUGGUUUUCAAACUAUCGAAGCCGAUCGUGAAAAGCUUGGUCGUCUGACAAAUUUCAACAUCCAAGAAUUUCUUCCUUUAUCAGAUAUUAGUAAUUUAGCUAAUCGUAAAGAGCCCAAUUUUACCGACGGUCGACACAAUAUUAAUAUGGAAAACUUUUCGAAAUUCGAAAGACUUCCAUUUUUCAACAAAAUAAGUAAAACUCUUGACAAUGUAGAGCCUCCAUUAAAAUUGGAUAAUCAAAAGACUUUUAAUGAACCUGGAGAAGAAAAUUAUAGUACAACACAUUUCGUUCCUGACGGAUCUUAUCAAAUAUUACCAAAUUUCGAAUCUCAUGCCAAUGCUCACGAUAUCCCAAAAUUACCCGAAUUAAAUGUAUUUAAUCCCUUUAAUAACAAUCAACAGCCAUCAAAAAUUUCGCAAUCAACUUUUAACGGCUUUAAACCCGAACAUUAUCAGCUAUCUAAUGAAAAUAUUAAGAUACUUAAUGAUCCUCGGUUACAGUCAAUUCAUAGCAAUCUUUACAAAAAUGCUCAAACAAAUUUUGAAAAUAUUCACCUUGGAGACAAAGAUAUUCACGUUCAUCCUGAAUCGAUUGAUUAUAACUUCGAUUCAACUACUCAACAAAGCAGUAAAAACAGUGAAUGGCCGCAAAAAAAUUCCCAAAUAACGCAAGAGAGUCAAUCGGAAAGAAACGAUCAUCAUUAUGAACCAACUAUUUUUACAACUGAAACGAAUAUUCGAUUCCACGAUUUUACUAACGACAAUGUCAAAUACAACGAAACCGAGCUGCCAACUACACGGAAAUCUUUAGUGGAAACUGAAUUUAUUCCAUCGAUUAGCUUUGAUUUUGGUAGUGACGAAGGAAUGAAAGAAUAUUUAGAAGCUUUAAGGAAAGGUUUAGUAUUCUUUUACAAGACCUACAGAGAUGAAAUUGUACAAGACGAAAUAUCGGUUUGGGAAGGUCAUACAAAAAUAGCAACAUUGGAAUCUUAUGCAACUCAAGUUAAGUCGCAAAGAUUAGUAAAAAGUGCUCCCAAUGUCAAGAAGAAAAAAGGUAAGAAUAAAAAGACUGCGAAAAAUUUGAAGCCAAAAAGCCAAGAGUCAAUAAAGAGCGAUGAGUCCAUAAUCCACAAUAUUGAAUCGCCCACCGCAUUGGGCUCUGAUUGGUCCAUCGGUAGCCGCGAAGGUCAGGAAGAAGCAGACGGAGAAGAAUCUUUUGACAGCUCUAUCGACAGAAAUAAUUUAGAACUUCUGAUGAAAAAGAAAAGCGAGCCAAUAAUUAAGGAAAAUUAUUCUGAAACAGAAAUCUUUAUACCACCACCUAGAGAAAGACAUAAAUAUGUCUUAACGAAGAAACUCGUAGAGAGAUCGGUUAGAGUACCUGUACUCCAUUGUUUUUUCGGUGAAAUCGACGGCUCGAAUAGCCAAUUGAGUGAUCAGCAACUGAUCUAUUUAUUACGUAGCAAAGAUUCAGCAAUUCCUUUAUAUGAAUCGAAAAAAGAGUGUUGGGCAGAUUUUCCUCGUCACAUAUUGGUUGGAUCGAUACAGGGACAAUUUUUACCAGCGAUGGAUCAGUUAUUGAAAAAUGUAUUCUUACCACUGGCUGAGAGACAAUUUCACGCAAACAACAUAAUCUGGGAGAAAUUCGACAAUAGUAAUAUAGAAAAGAAUGCUGAAAUAAUCGAUAAUUUAAUAAAAUUUCAGGGCCAAGAACAAAGUUCAAUUAAUAGAUCGAUUGAUAUUAAUCAAUCACAUGAUCAAGUUGGUAAAAUAAAGUUCACAGAAGAUUUAUCAAAUUUGAUCGAGUCUGUAGAAUGGUAA